AAGCUGACAUCAAGGAUAUUAUUUAUAGACAAUAUACUAAUGCUGUUAAGUUGGCUAUGGAAGCUGGGUUUGAUUUUGUUGAAUUGCAUGGUGGGUACGGAUACUUGCUUGAACAAUUUAUUCAUCCUGGUGUCAACAAGAGAACUGAUAAAUAUGGUGGCAGUAUUGAAAAUAGAGCCAGGUUCUUGUUGGAAUUGGUUGAUCAUUUAAGUACUAUUAUUGAUCCUGCUAAGUUAGCUGUUCGUUUUACUCCAGUCAAUUUCUUCCAAGUUCCAGGAGCCAAUCCAACUUCCCAAGAAGAUUACUCCUACAUCGUUUCUGAAUUACAAAAAAGGGCAGACGAAGGUAAGAAAUUGGCUUAUAUUAGCAUUGUUGAUGGUACAUUUGCUGAUGCAACCAUGGACAAGACGGUGGCUUUGGAUUUUGGAUAUAUCCACAAGAUCUGGAAAGGGAUUAUCAUUCGUGGUGGUAAUUACCACAAUGACCAAGAAAAUUGGGCAGUCCUUGAAAGAGACGCCAGUGCUGAUGAUCGCACUUUGGUUGGGCUCUGUAGACAUUACGUUGCAAAUCCUGAUUUACCUGAAAGAAUCAAGAAAGGGUUGCCAUUGAAUGAAUGUGAUAAGCCUAAUUUUUACACUCCUUCUAAUUGGGGAUAUAACACCUAUCCAUUUUACGGUCAAGAUGUCACCUUUGAUGAAGAAGUUGAAAAAAAGAAAUUUGGUAUUCCUUUAGUGUGAGCUAUUCCAUAGCAAGCUCGUUAGGUUCCUUGGUCUAUAUUAUAUAGCUAAAUUGAUACAAUAAAUCUGAAGUUUAUACUGGCCUUUUGGUGCUACCAUGUGUGAUGUAUGUCUAUAUUUUUAAAUCUCUUAGAUUGCGGAUGUACUAGUAUUGUCCAUAUUCUAGAGGUGGAAUGUGUAGACGUGUUAUAUUUGAUAUUCAGUGAGUGCAACUCUGUAAAUCCUGCUUACAUUCAACGUUGUUCUGUUGGCUACGAAAAACGCGUCUGGGUUGUGUGUAUGUUAGCUCACGUACUUUUUUUUCAGAAGGAACGAAUAACACUACUGGUAAAGACAACACCAUCGGAUCAUGUCACAGUACAUAAACCAAAACCUCACCAACCCGUUGUUGAUUCGUCCGACACUGAAAAUCAAUCCAGGGGAAGAGUUUCUCCUCCCGCCACAAGGCAGGAACUACAACCAUCAGUACUACACCAUGUACCAACACCGAUUUAGUGCUCUUAAAUCUCGUACUGAAGCUAAAGCACUUGCAAAAUGGGGCAACGGACAGCAUGAUAUUGACGGCCAAACUAUUUUCAAGCAGGAUAAGAUAUUGGAUAUCGUUUCUGGGAAAUUGUGUUGGGUCAUAGGUACCGUGUACAUUGAUGCACCUGGAAAAUUAAAUAUAUUGAAAGAUGUUGAAAAUGGGGUGGAUGACGUGUUGCCUGGUGUUCCAGAAGCUUAUGUAAGUGAGGAAAACACUGGAGUUGUUAUGUUGGAAGAUGAAAGUGGGAGAGCAAUCUUACAUGGUCUGGAGUUUUUGGAUAAGAAUUUGUUAGUCACUGGAUGUGUUGUAGGGGUGUUGGGGAUUGAAGUUCAAGCCGGGGUAUUUGAGAUUAUGGAUGUGGUGUAUCCUGCAAGUGCACCUCAGAGUAAAAGGGCUGUUGAUAAUGAACCCAGCAAGAUUGUGCUCGUUUCUGGUUUAAACCUUUCCCCUAUUGGAGAUUUAAAGACCGAACUAUUGAAACAAUACCUUACGGGUGAAUUGGGACUGGAUGAAGACAAACAUGUCAAUUCUAAUGUUUCGCAGGUGAUAAUCGCCGGGGAUUCUAUUUUACCAUUAAAACAGGAACAAAAUCAAGAUUUCAUGAGUACUAAUAAUUAUGGUACCAAAAAUAUCUCCAAAUACAAUACUGAUUCACUUAAGAAGUUGGGCGAAUUUAUAAAUGAUGUCAUUGUCAGUUUGCCUGUUGCGGUUAUGCCUGGAAGCAAUGAUCCUGGAGAGAUAUGUUUACCUCAACAACCACUCCACCGGUCCCUUUUAGGAAACUUUUCUUAUGGUGACCGAUUAACAAGACUCACUAAUCCACAGUGGAUUUCUAUCGACGGAGUCAAGGUACUCGGUACAAGUGGUCAAAAUGUAGAUGAUAUAAAGAAAUACGCCAAGAGAAGCGAAGUUACUGACAUAAUGAAAGCUUCCAUAAAAUGGCAGAACCUUGCGCCAACUGCACCAGAUACAUUAUAUUGUUACCCUUAUGAUAAUGCCGAUCCAUUUAUAUUAACUGAUGAGGUUCCUCAUGUUUAUUUCGUGGGGAACCAAGAAAAAUAUGCUAGUGAGGUGUUCCAGUAUAAUGGGAGUGUCACUACGUUAAUCAGCUUGCCUAAGUUUAGUGAGACGGGGCAGUUUGUUAUUGUUGAUUUGAAGACAUUAGAAUGCGAGGUUGUGGAGAUUGAGUGCUAAACUUUAGUGUAUUAUCUGUAUAUUAUCACGUAAUAGAGAAUUAGAUUUACCAAGCGCACCUUGUGCAUCGUAGUGACGACCAUUAAUACGUUCCACUGCGUAGUUAUGUAAAUUUCAAGGUCGUAGCAUGACAUAGCCUUGUUUGUCUAAACUUUUUCACUCUGUUGAUGUGUUUUCAAGAGCUAAAAAUAGUAACCUUUUAGAUUCUUAAAAUAACAAUGAUAUUGUGUUACCGAUUCCCUUUUGGGGGUGGUAGCGCCAGAAGUAUUUUCAUGCAAGAAAGGAAACCGGGUUUGUUAGGAAUAUCCCAGGCCACUAUCUGGAUAGAGACAUAUUGUAAACAUAUGGAUGAACACAUUGGAAUAAUAGUUGGUUUCAACAGCUUUAAAAAAAAAAUACUUGCCACAAGUAAGGGCACAGCGCAACACUCCAGCAAGCAUAUUCACCACCACAUACGGCUCCAUUAUUGAUGGUACAAAACAGGUCAAUUGAACUUCUAAAGAUAGAUUUAUUAUGAAAUUGACCUUAUUGUUACCAUCAAUGAUGACAUAAUAAUUCCAGUGUGUAUAUUUUCGAAUAUAUGUAAAAGUUUAUUUUGUGUAUGGGCCAGAGUUGCCGUCUGGCAACGUCAUUGCCAGAUUGCUGCAGAGACAGGUCAACCUGACAAACCAGUUGCGUAUACAAAUUAAUAAGAUGAAAACUAGUUAGAGAUUUUUGGAUGUUAUCUCGGAGUUGCUUUGGGUGAAAUUUUGGUGGUGAUACGAAAUUGAAUUUGCCACCAGGCUUUCCCACCCCUUCUAUCCCCACCUUUAUUUUUUGUAUCAGGAGAAUGUCGUAAACGCCGCUAACAAAAUAGGUUGAUCAUAGGUGAUACCUUCAAUUGCAUUGGCGUGAUUGACUUGACAACGGCAACAUAACAUUCUAAGAUCAAGCUACAAAUUU